AUGCACACUCAUACAGAUGCUUACACACUAGUGCACAUGCUUACACACCCAUGCACACUCAUACACAUGCUUACACAUGCUUACACACUCAUGCACAUGCAUACACACUCAUACACACUCAUACACAUGCUUACACACCCAUGCACACUCGUACACAUGCUUACACACUCGUGCACAUGCUUACACACCCAUGCACACUCGUACACAUGCUUACACACUAGUGCACAUGCUUACACACCCAUGCACAUGCUUACACACCCAUGCACAUGCUUACACACCCAUGCACACUCAUGCACACUCGUACACAUGCAUACAUACUCAUACAUAAAAAAGUUAACCAUAAAAAAAUUGCGUUUAAAUCCCCCUAUAACUUAUUACCCCUUUAAUCGAACAGAGUAUUUGCCUGAGUUUUAUACGCUUUAUUGGCCGUGCAACAAUUGCACUGGUUUUGACCUUAAAGAAAGAAGAG